UGUUUUUACGGACUAUUGCUUUGUUUUAGGAUGUCUUUUGUCAUAAAGCCCUAAAUUCGUAUGAGAAUAUCAUUUUAACAAGAUCACAACCAUCCGAACCUCAUGGCUCCCCUGAUUUGAGCUCAUUAGAGCCAAACUGGGCUUCAGUGGGGCAGGGAUGUGAACUGCUGACCACCGCUUAAGGCCAUCCUUAAGGUUUUCUAUAUCCGCUGAAUCCCUGGAGGGUAGGAUGGCGGCUGGUGCCAUCUCCGGCUUUCAAUGGGCGAGACACAAGGUGCACUCUGGACAGGUGGUCCCCUCCGAAGUCUCUGAUGCUUCCCAGUGUCUCCCGCUGUACUCGGCACAUCACCGUCAGUCUUUCUGUAACCCGGUCUUUGGCUCACUUCAGACCACACAUGGACCCGGACCCUAACCGGCCUAUUGAAAGAACCAUCAGAACCAAACUUACUGAUAAGUUCAAGCCUGAUCACUUGGAGGUCCACAAUGAAAGCUACAUGCACGCUGUUCCCCCUGGAUCUGAGACCCAUUUCCGUGUCCUGGUGGUCAGCUCCCAGUUUGCGGGUCUGCCACUGAUUCAGCGCCACCGUCUGGUCAAUGAGGUAUUGAAGGAAGAACUGAGUAGCUGUGUUCAUGCGUUGGCUAUCCAGGCAAAGGCUCCUGAGCAGUGGGCCAUGGACCCCACUCUGGGAAAGAGUCCCCCCUGCAUGGGAGGUUCAAAAGGCGAUCCCACUGUGGAGGAGAAGUUUAAGGCUGGACGGGAUUAACUGUUGGACACUCAGUGUUUGACAUUUUCUUUUCAUUCUGUCACAUCGUUUGUUGGUUCCCAUAAUUGGUUCAUGACUGUCCGUCAUGAAAUGCAUAGUAAAGUUCUCCGAACAAUCGGGAUCCAGUGAAACUUGUAGGAAAUAAAAACAGGAUGAAUGUAGUGUCAUGAUUGUCAGGGCUGCCCGGUGUUUAUCCUGCUUAUUGGAGACGUUUGAAUCCUUCAAUGAGAAUCCAUCCAGUUCACAACGUUCUACCGCUAGUUGGUUUUAUUUUUUGCGUUGGGACCUUGCAGGUAAAAUUGUUUGGAACCUCUUAUAAAUAAAUCACAGUUUGGUUGCAAGAAUGAGUCUCUUCACAUUAACAUUCUUCUACUUAGAACUGUAUGAUUGCUCUUAUGUUGCCAUAAAACUGUUAAAUACAAAUUAAAAAUGAAUAAAUAUUGUACCGUG